GCUAGAUACAGAGUGCUGACUGGUGCAUUUACAAACCUUGAGCUAGAUAUAGAGUGCUGAUUGGUGUAUUUACAAUCCCCUAGCUAGACAUAAAGGUUCUCCAAGUCCCCACCAGACUCAGGAGCCCAGCUGGCUUCACCCAGUGGAUACCGCACCUGGGCCACAGGUGGAGCUGCCUGCCAGUCCCCCGCGGUGUGCCUGCACUCCUCAGCCCUUGGGUGGUCAAUGGGACUGGGCACUGUGGAGCAGGGGGUGGCGCUCCUCGGGGAAGCUCAGGCAUGGCGGGCUGCAGGUCCCGAGCCCUGCCCCGUGGGGAGGCAGCUAAGGCCCAGGGAGAAAUCGAGCACAGCACCGGUGGGCCACCACUGCUGGGGGACCCAGCACACCCUCCGCAGCUGUUGGCCCUGGUGCUAAGCCCCUCACUGCCCCGGGGCCAGCCAGUCUGCGUGUGGGGCCCGCCAAGCCCACGCCCACCCAGAACUCUAAGUGGCCCGCAAGUGCCGCGGGCAGCCCCGGUUGGGUUCAGCCAGCCCAGAGAAGGGCUCCCACGGUGCAGCUGCCGGCUGAAGGGCUCUUCAAGCGCAGCCAGAGUGGGCGCCGAGGCUCAGGAGGCACCGAGAGCAAGCAAGGGCUACAAGGGCUGCCAGCAUGCUGUCACCUCUCACUACUACAAGCUUCUGCUCUUGUUUUUUUCUGGGGAUUAGAAGAUGGCAUGGUCAUCAAAAUAAAGGGCAAAGGAUACAACCCUCUGCUAAGUUUUUUGUAUUUUUCCUGUUUGAACUUCUGGCCAGUUUCUGAAGCUUUCCACCCUGUAUCUGUCAAACAAUUAUUUCUCAAUUUGAGCAAAAUAGAUCUUGAAAAUUAUGGCAUCUCUACCUUCCCUUCUGAACGCAUAACAGAACUGGGAAAAGGAUGGAGGGAAGAAGGGAGAGAGGGAGGGAGACAGAGAGAAAAAAAUCAACUUACACCAAUAUUACAGAUAUCUAUUCAAAGGUAAAAGAGAAAACUUGUUAUGCUUGUUAUUUCCAUACUUAUCAGUUUGCAAAUCAUUUGUGAUACUUGUGCCCUGUUCGAAGAGUUGAUUUACUUAUUAACAUUAGAAAGUGCUUGAGUCAAAUAAUAACUACUAGAUAAGCUUCACAUCUGACUGAAGAAAUAGAAUUAAUAUCACAUUUGACUACUUUUGCCAUUGAGAAACAUACAUUUACCACAGGCUUAAGUACGUGAUAUUUCUUGAGUAGUAUUAUUCCUCUAAGCUCUGGCUUCACUGAAUAGUAAGGGUAACAACAAAGCGCUGGAACAUAGCCAGUCACUGGCACAAUAACACUGUUGGGCAACAGCACUCCUGUGGGUCGGCUGUGGCAGGGAUUGUAGACUACCCAUGAAACUGUAGGGACAGGAUCGCUUCAAAUUCAGCAGGCAGAAGACACUGUGUAGGACUGAGUGAAAUGAAUCUAUACACUUAAGCACAGGAAAUUGAAAACUAAUAGUAAUGACCGGAGUAAACUAAUAUUCUUGACAUGAAAUUAUUGGUAUGAGAUCCAAGAAAAAGAAACCUGCCUACUUACUCCAAAGAAAAGCAAUGGUAUCCCGCAAGGAAUUGAUGAAUUUCUCUCUAAAAUCUUGAAGAAUUUAUCUACAUGUUUAUUGUGCAUUUUCCUCCACCUUUGCUUUCUCAAUUGUCCUGUAAAGGGGGAUUUUCCCUACCUAUUUCUCUGCCUCCACUGUGGGCCAACAUAGAAGCAAAACUAAUUACUCAGAGGAGCCAUUCAUGUACAGAAAGAUUAUAAUAUACUCUUACAGAGUCUCAUUUUCUUACUUAUAAAAACUAAAUAUGAUUGGAGUAAGGUAAGAAGGCAGACAGAACUGAAAGAAAAGACUUGGCCAAGAAGUAGGAGAGAAUAUAUUGUCAGAAAGAGACUCAAAAUUGAGCAGUUUAUCAGUGGAGACCUUCUCUGUAAUCCACUGUCUGUGUCCAACUUUGUUUCCAACAAUCCUAGACUUUUGUAUAAUCUUCGGAGUGGAGAAAUAUCUUAGGUGAGGACAAAGGAAAAUUCAUGAGCAAGGUGGAAUUAAACAGGAUCUGCUGGACAUUUCUCUUUGCGUCUAUGCAAUGGUAAACACAUUGGUGAUUUCAAAAUCUUCAUAUGAAGUCACUAGUUUGAAGCACCAUUUUGAGUUCUAGGAAUCUGAAAAAUUCUGCAAGAAAUGUUCAAAAAAUCAUUUAAGUUCUGUGUAAGAAUUUUAAAAUAGCAAUUAGAUAAAUUAAUGUGAUCUAGAGAUUGAUGAAAUUUCUCUGAAGCCAGGAAUGAAGCAAGAGCACAAGUCUAAGAAAUAAUUGAAUGCUGAAGGUCCUCACCGACCCAGGAUAUAUGAUCACUGGUAGCUUAGAGCUUUAGUUUUAAUGACUGCUUAAGAGAGAGUCAAAGACAAAGAUAGGGCCAUUGUAUAGUGAGGAAUUCAACUGAAGACCUUAGUGAAAAGCCCAGACUUAACAAAGACCUAAGUCAAAGAAAGUAUUAAAUAAGAGAUUCUCUGAUUAGGAUUUGCUUUGGGUGAAGGGAGAAGCAGUAGUCUUCCUAAAAUAUUUUUGGUCACAUGUCUGUUCUUCAGUGGGCUUGCAUCCUUAAUUCACACUAUUUGCAAUUAAAUAAUUUUAAUUGAAAGAAGAUCUCAGUUUGUAGCUUUCUAGGACAUAGAGAAAAUAGGUAAAUUCCUUCUUGAUAAACACACCCUCACAUCAAGCUUCAAGAAAUUCCCAGAGAGUUUUAAUAAACAUAUGUUCAGAAUCAGAGAUCAUAAACCAACCCAAAAAUAAAUUAGGCAUUGUGAGUGAGCAACAGCGGGACUGAUAGCAGACGUCAGCGAUAUUAGAAUUAUUACAAAUAUAAUCUGAGUAUGACUAAGUUUAUACGAAUAAAAUAUGGAAUAAAAACAUGAGUAAAGACCAAGCAUCUAUCAAAGAUGCAUAGGCAUAGUUGAGAAAAGGCAAAAUUGAAUCUUUAGAAAUAAAAAUAUAGUUAGUGAAUUAAAACUAAGUUUGUGGUAUAGCAGCUUAAAAGAGAACUAAUGCCACAGAAGAUAUAAAUGCAAAAAACAUAUAAUUGAUGCCCAGAAAGAUAAAGUCAUAGAAAAGUAUAAAUAUGAGGCUAAGAAACAUGAGGCUGAGAUAGUUCAGCAUAUAUCUGUGAAAGUUCUGGAGAAAAUAAUACACUGAAGAUAGACAAUAUUUUACUGGAUAAUGGUCAAGAAUUUCCCAAAACUAAUUAAGUCAGGCUGAGGGAUACUAACAAGUCUCAAACAGAAUAAAUUUUCAUACCUAGAUAUGAAAUUAGAAAAGCUGCAGAGGACCAAAUAAAAAAGUAGUUGCUUAGAAAAAGCAAAGAUAAAGGAUGAUUUACAAAGUAAUGAUAACUAGAUUAACAUUUGGCUUCUCAACAGACUUCUCAAUGGAAGCCAGAAGUCACUAGAAUUUUACUUUCUAAAUGCUGAAAGUUUAUUUCAACCUAAAAUAAUACACCCUGCAAAAACAACUUUCAAGAAAGCCAAAUUAAAGACUUUUAUAAAUAAAAAGUCUAUCUCCAGCAGAUUCUCCCUGAAAUAGCAUCUAGAGGAUAUAUUUUAGGAAAGAAUAUACUUUAUGAAGGAUAUAAUUUAGAAACAUCCUAGAAAGAAGGUCUGAGAUAUAUAAAUACAUGAAGAACAAAGGGAGGUAAUUGGAGAGGGCUUACAGGGAGCUUCAAUAGCCUAGGAAAUGUUCUAUUUCAUUGUAUUAUUAUUUAUUAUGUUAUAUAUGUUUUUAUAUGCACCAAAUGCUCAUAAUUUUAAAAAUAGAUGAAAAUUAUCAUCUGAUCCCUGUGGAAAAAAUAUAUUUGUAUACGAGAAAGAGGAGCAUAUUACCCAAAAAAUCCACAGUGAAAAUCAAAUCUCUGGGAAUAACUCAGAAAAGGAAGCAAAGCAAACAAAUAUUAUUGACAACUGUUUUGAACAAACUGUGUUAGACAACUGUUUCCCCUAAAGUAUUUAAAGAGGUGUUUUCAAGAAAUACGCGUAUCUGACACACGUAAAGAACAGGUCAAGGAGACAACAUAAUCAACUAGGAAGUCAUGGGAAUUGCGUAGAGGAAGAAUUGACCAAUGAAAUAGCAAUAAUAGAACGGGCCUUGCUAGAAAAUUGAUACAGAAAAUUGCAUCUGUGAGCUGAAGACAAAUUUCAAAGUUCUUUUAGAAUGAAGUAUAAAAUAAUGAGGUAAAGAAAAUAAUGAAAGGACAAUAAACAUGGAAAACAGCAGAGCUACAAGUAAGAAGAUUACAGAUAGUGGUGUAAACGAAAGCAGAUAUAACAUCCACAAUGUAUUUAUUGAGUGCCUCCUAUUUGUAGGCUCUGGAGUAAUACAAGCAUAUGUCAUAUCACUUACUACUAUACUAACAUGUAAAGUUAGCAUUAUUUCUCCAAUUAUGGAAAAGGAUAUUAAGCCACAAAGAAGUUACUUGUUAAAGAUCACACAGUUGGAAUUUGAGCCUAGGUUUUUCUGGUUCAAAUGUUUGAACUGUUUAUCAUUUUAAAUAAUAUCAAGGAAGGUAAACUUCUAGUUGACUUACUUUGGAUUAGAGAAGAAGUCAUUUUGUGUUCAUAACAGACAAAAUAUUAGUGCAUAUAAAAAUAUGAACACUUUUUUACUCCAAAUAAUACAGCAUAUAAAUAUUAUACAUAUAUAUCGCAUAACAUAUAUAUCAAAGGAAAAUGGAUAAUAUAAUUCAUGUGUGAAUAAAAAUGUCUAAAAUCAAAUCAACAAUUAUUGUAUUCAUCAAAAUUGCAAAAGAAUAAGCCACAAGUCAAGAAGAUUUAAACAAAACUAUAUGUAUAGUUUGAUAUUAGAAUAUGUAAUAUACUAUUUUAAAAUGUUAAAGGAAAAAUGUAUCAUUUAUGUAAACCAAAGGAGUUCAAUUACAGGGUAAUCUCAGUUGUACUAUAAAGGCACUUAAUAGCUAAACCAUCUUAAUAAUAAAACGUCUUAUUAAAUGAG